AUGGUUUGCAUGAUCUCUAGCAGCCAGAUCCAAGGCGCUGGAAUAGAGGAGUCCUACCCACUCAUCAUGAAGCUCCGAUCUCUUGGCCUUGUCGACCCCUCUUCUCUCACUGUCGAUGACUCCACCGGCCGUCACAAGCUCAGGCACGCGAUCUCAAAGAAUCCCGACUUCUCCUCCUCUGUAAUCAGUUUCCUCAAUCAUGUCGUCAUCAUGCCAUUGAGGUCCCUCAAUGCCACCAAAUGUGGUAUCGAGAAGGUGCGCACCAGCCUUGACAUCGUCCGAGAGAAGGCCACGAAGAAGAAUAAGAACAAGAAGAAGAAUGGAAGGAAGCCUAAUAAGAAGUACAUGGAGGUGGUGGCUAAGUUGAGGGCAGAAUGGGAGCUGCUUGCAGUCGCAAGCCCGAACACCCAAGAGCUGCGAUCAGCCUGCGAGCAACAGCUGGUGCUGUUGGAGAAGCUGAGUAGGAGAAAGCAAAAUCUGGGGAAGAAUCUGAGACGGGCCAAGAAGUGGCGGAAGGCUUGGAAUGUCAUCUACACGAUGUCCUACAUCGUGGCCAUUGCCGGCUCAGUGGUGCUGGCAGCCCUUGGGGCACCUCCUGCAGCGACCGCUGCCACCACCGCGGCAUCCAACACCAUAAAAUUAGCGGAGACAUGGUUCAACUCACUGUGGGAUGUGCACGAAAGCACCCUGAAGGCUGAAAUGGAAGCCGUUGCAGCGAUGGAAAAGAGUCGCUUUCUGGUGCAUGAGUUUAUGAGCAUCCUGUCGCUGAUGGAGAUGGUGGAAAUCGACGUUGGAUCGAUGCCAGGGAAGGAAAAGGAGGUUGUGGACGCAGUGGCGACGUUCGGGAUUGGAAAUAUCAAGAAUAAGAUUGGGGUGAUAGAGAAGAGUCUUGAUGGAUUGGAAGAGAAAGUGGAUUGGUGCAUCUCCGAGAUACGGAAGGUGGCCGCAGAUUUCCUGAAGAUCAUUACAGAAAUCAUUUAG